CAGGGGCGGACUGACCAUUUGGAAACGCAGGCACUGCCUGAGGGCCCGGGGUCAGUAGGGGGCCCCAUGAGAUGCCCCUGGUACCUUUUUCAUAGGCUUUUUUGAGUUUGGACACAGGGGCCCCAUGAUCCCCUAUUGCCCGGGGGCCCCAUGAGUUGUCAGUCCGCCCCUGGACCUAUGAAUGUUAAGGACCUUAGACUGUAAGCUCCUUGAGGGCUAGGAUUUAGGUGAACGUACAAUAUAUA